AUGGCGUCUUCCGAUCAACAGUCACCGUCUAGCAGUCUAUCCCUCCGCUUCUCUCAAACGGCGUUGUGCAUCAUCCCUCCCGAGAAUUUAUGCGGAGAAAUCAACCGCCUUCGAUCCUUCUAUGACCAAGCCUACGGAGGAUGGCCACCUCAUAUCAAUCUUCUCUACCCAUUUGUUGCCGCCGGCUCUGUUCCCGAGGCGGUCGCGCGGAUUAGGACCGCUUUGAUACAGCGGCGAAACGCCGCCGGCGCCCCUAAUGUUCGCCUUCGUUUAGACCAAGCAGGCUUUUUCGUUCCGCGGAAGGGCAACAUCGUCCAUCUAAUACCGCGCUCGGAGGAUGCCAGCAUGUCGUUAACUGACCUCCGGGACACUAUUCUUGCAGCCCUGGGACAACCCGACGGAGGACAGUUUAACCCUCACCUCACAGUCGGCCAGACAAGGGCAGGUGAUGAGCAGUCCCGAGACUCGUUGCUGUCGAAAGUACGGCUUUUGCCCCCAAUUGAAUGGAAUGUCGAAGAGUUGGUCGUCCUUGUGCGUGAGCGUGUAAUACAGCACGGGCAAAAGUUCAGUCAAAUGCGAGUCUGGGGUACCAUCGGCCUUUCUGGAGAUCUUACAAUGAAUAACCUUGCAAUCUCUGAAGUCGGACAUGUCGGCGAGCACAUGCAUGCACUACACAAUUCAGAGAUGAUUCCUACGCAGCCUAGCAUAUCUAGAUCAGUUUGUGGCGAACCGAUGACCACAUAUCAAUUUCCGCCGGACGGUUAUAAGUGGACACCCUGUGCUCCUAUACUGGGAGAAUCCGGUGAAAAGGAACCGGGCUGGGAUACUCUCACAGUCUCAAGUUACAACGUGCUUCUGGAACAACCAUAUCCGCCUCCUCGUGGGAGAUAUCCUGCGCUGGUCCACACCAUACUCGCACAGUCAGCACUGGCUGAUAUUUUGGUGCUCCAAGAAGUAUGCGAUGACUUUCUGUCCCAUUUGCUUUCCCAGAACGAAAUUCAAAGCCGUUACUGUUUUGCAACCCAUGGUCCCCCUCAUCAAGCGGAGUGUGCACCGUUACCCAUGCAGCGAAAUGUUGUAAUCCUGAGUCGCUUCAGGUUCAGCUGGGAAAUUUUGCCAUUCACGGAACGUUACAAAACUGCUGUGAUCCUCAAAAUGGUUGGCGUUGGAAAACAAACGGCGGAUUCGCGCUUUUUGCCUCUUAUCGUUGCCGCAGUUCAUCUUACCUCUGGUUUAGCUGACAGGAGGGUUUCUGCCAAAGAAUCCCAGAUACGCGCUUUAUAUGAUUUUCUCGAUCACACCUACCCGGAGAAUCCAUGCAUCAUUGCUGGGGAUAUGAACAUUCCAACGUCCGCCCUUACUGUGCAAAGCGCAAUGGACGAAAAGCUACUCUCCCCUGCCAAAGCAUACGACCUUUCACAGCUGGAAUCACUACUCUGUGGGUCUCGGUUCGAGGAUGCCUGGCUUAUGGCCCGCGCUAAUGCCAAAGACCUUUCCCCAAACCCCGCCGACAUGCUUUCUAUUGAUACGCUUGAGGGCGAGGAGGGUGCAACAUUUGACCCUAGACGGAACCCGCUUGCCGCUGCUUCGGCUGGUCCGGACGGUCGGCCGCAGCGCUACGACAGAAUAUUAAUGGAUAGAAGUGGUUUUCUUGGGCCAACGGAAUUCAAUCUUUUCGGUCUUCCUGAUGAUGAUCAGAACCCUGCAGAACUCGGCAGUGAUCACUGGGGAGUGAGGGCUACGUUUUGCCUGAAACUUGAGUCUACAGCUUCCGAUAACAUGACCGUUGCGUCAACUUCUGCUUCGUUCCUUACGCCCACCAAAUUGUUUGACAGGCAUUCUUUGGAAUUGUGCCUUCGCGAAUCCAUGAUGUUGCCAACUGAGGCGGAUGUUAGUAAAAGGCAAUCCGUUGUCGAUCUACUUCGAGAUGUGAUCACUCAGGGGCCGGCAGCUCGAGCUGGAGAUGGCAGCGGAAAUAACCCUGAACCAAAUAUUGCCAUGGUACUAGUGCCUGUUGGCUCCUAUGGCCUUGGAGUUUGGAGUCCUUCAUCGGAUAUUGACUGCCUAGUCAUCGGGCCAAUCAGUUCGAAAACAUUCUUUGCUGUUGCUGAGAAACGGCUACGAAAAGCAACGGAUUUAGGCAUAAGGAUACUGCGUAGGGUGAAGGCCGCAACGGGAACAAUGUUGGAGCUCGAAGUGGAGGGGAUCAAAUGUGAUUUGCAGUACUGCCCUGCCUCGCGAGUCGUUGAGGCGUGGCAAAGGAUAUCGCUGCUCCCGCCCGACGAUUCGACAUUCUAUCUAUCAUCACAAGCUUUGACAAAGCUUCAAGCAUUUAGAGAUGUUGAUUACAUUCGGCGGAGUAUCCCUGACCUAGCUGCCUUUCGAGCCGCGCAUCGUUUUAUAACAUUGUGGGCUAAACGCCGUGGCAUUUAUCUUGCUAGAUUUGGCUAUCUCGGCGGCAUUCAUAUCACGAUGAUGCUCUCUCGGGUGUGCAAACUUUCCUGUCGAAAAGGAGGAGCGACUUCGAUGGAUAUGAUCUGCAGAUUCUUCAAGUAUUACACCAACUUUGAUUGGGAGAGGGAAAUCCUUUGUGACCCUUCUUUCUUCAAGGACGCGCCACGCUAUCGUCGGUACGCGAACGAGCCGAUGGUAAUUUUGACAAUCCACACACCGUUGGUCAACAUUGCGAGAUCUGCAUCUAAAGCUUCGACCAGGACAAUAAUCAAGGAGCUCCAGCGAAUGGACGAGCUGAUAUCAACCCCUGACAUGUCGUGGUCGGGGCUUGUGGGCAACAUAACUGCAUCGGAUUCCUCUCAGGAGUUUUUAAAGACAUAUACUAGCUAUAUCAAGAUUCAUGUUCAAUACUGGGGAAUGAUUUUGGCUAAAGGGAGCACCCUUCUGGGUUGGUUGGAAUCAAGAUGUUGUCGUCUUUUGAAUGGUGCUUACCCGGUGUCCAUGCAAGAAUAUGGCCCGCGAGAUUCACUUCAAGAGAGAGUGUCGGUGAUGUUACAGAAUACGAAGGGUUCUACCUUAUUGGCCUUGCGAGAAACGAGACGGGUGAUCCUGAAAGUACUACGCUGGAGGGACGUCGACAAAACGCGGCUUUGCUUGAUAGGAUCCUAG